GUGUCAGUUAGUGAGGCCCUUGGUGGGGAGGCUGGAUUGAGUCAGGAUGGAGCUGCAGAAACAGAACGAGGAGAAGUUGCGAGAGGCGUGUUGUUACGGAGACAAUGAAGGCGUCAUAGCGCUGGUCACCCGAGGCACAAACAUCAACAGUAAACACGACAUCAAUGGCUGGACGGGUUUACACUGGGCGACUAAGAGAGGUAAUAUUGAAACAGUUCGUCUACUCCUGGCAAACGGCGCUGACCCGGACAUAGAGAACAGCCAGUCACAGACUCCAGCACAACUCACAACUAUUCCACAGAUUCUUCAGUUACUAGGAGCAGAAGAUCCUGUCUCAAGUAUGUCCAUUGAAGGAGCAACAACAAACUCGGACUCUCUCCCCAUCACGCCAAGUUACCUGGCACACCCCCCCAUAGACUACAAGGUUCCUAUGACUGUCAAAAACCCUACUGGAAAGCCAAUCACAAAUGGGAUAGUGGAGACCAACGGCCAUCCUGGUGUACCAAGCCAACCGCCGAGCUAUGUUGCUGCCCCCAUGCACUCGUCUUACCCAAGUUCCAUCCAGGACUAUCUGGUGAAGCAAAACAAAGAAUUAAUAUUGAAAGUGAGAGUAGCCAACACUGAUGACCCAGACUUUAUUGAAGUGGAUUUCCAGAAAGCUCAAAUGAACUAUAGUCAUCUGCUAACAAAUUGUUGCAAGGAGCUGGCAGUGAAUCCUCAGCUGGUGGAAAGAAUAAGGAAACUGCCAAACACUCGCCUCCGUAAUGACAGAGACGUGCAGCGCCUGUGUGACUUCAUGGAGCUGGAACUUGUAAUUAAGGGCCAAAAUAGGCUGCCUGUAUCUAGAAGUGACACACACUCGACCUCCAAAAACAAUUAUAAGUCAAUUCAUGGAUUUAAAAACCAAACCAUUUUGUAUUAGUGUGCAUUCAGCUGACUACAUUAAAGUAAGGUGUGAUGAAACUGAGUGAGGCUUCCCUUACCAAGAGACUUGAAGAUUGUAAUGGUCCCACGCUGGACUGGUUUUCUCCCAAGUAUUACUUCACCGAUCUCACCAAACACUUCAGCCCCAUAUUUGAUGACAUCCCCUGACAUCACAGAGCCUUCAAGAUGGGGGUAGAUGUUGCAGUGCAGGAGUUGAUCACAUCAGCCUCCUUGACUGCCUCCUGCACCGUGGCUACUGCUGCUGCUGGUAUUCCUUCACCACACAGGACAGCACACAACUCCUUGGCUGAUUCCAACCUUCUUGACCACACCAUGAUCUGUUACCAAUGAACACCUUGUGUUGUUUAAAAGUUAGUCACAUUGGCUGAGUUUACAACUGAAAAUUUGACACUUCCUCCGCUCUUGUAUAGAUAAUCAUUGGUUGUAUUUUCUCCAUCAGUGAUCCUUGUCCCUGAUCUUUCCUCAUACAGUACGCACGCACGCACAUUAUCCAUAUUUUUGGAUGACAUUGUAAAUAAAACAUACUAGUAAAGAACUGUUCAGUGUUAUAUCAACAAAUCUCUAAUAAAUUUUGCAAAUCAUUUCACAAAUUAACAUAGAGUAUAUCUUUCUUUGUGACUAACCUUCUCAGGCUUAAGGAUGUGUGCCAUAACACGAGCAUGUGAGCGACCUUGUUCCCCAGCGCCUAACACUGCAACUAUCAUGCUUCCAUCUUUCACAUCUGUAAAUAUAUGAAAUAUAUGUAUGACAACUUCUACUUAUAGUUUAACAUGUAAUGGAAGUAAAGCACAUUAUUCAAGUGUAUGGUAACAUCUGCUACUACUGUACUGUGUUGUAAUUCAUAGAGAAAUAUUUGUGACCUGAAGUAGACUCAUUUAAAUGGAAGAAUAAUGUAAGUAUGUAUUACAGCAUCUCCCUGUACAUAUGUCCAUAAAUGUCUUUGUCUGGGAUAUGUUUAAUCUAACUCAGUGGUUCUAAACUAUGCAAACAUUUUAACUUCAGUAUUCAUUUUGUUAUUGAACAGUACAGAACAGUACUGUAUAGUACAAUACUGUACACAUGGUGUUGCUGGUGGUGACGGCUGGUUUGUUAUAACGCUGCUCUGUAGUUAUGUACUGUUUGGGGGAUCUGGUUUAUCUCACUUGCUUUUAAUGCCCAUUUUGUGGUCAUCUCACUCCUUGUUUCUUCUCCAUUUUUUAUUUUGUGUGAUUUUUUUUGUUUGUGUGUCAAGGGCUGUUGAGUUACUCCCGGUUUUUAAUAUUGUACCGUAUUUUAUUUAUAUUUUUUCAGAAUGAGGAAAUGUACUUACAAAGAUGCAAUUUUAAAUCUUUUAUUCACUUUUAAAAUAUUGUUUAGCAGGAAGGUUCUUUGAGCCAAAAUGGUUGUUCAAAGUGGCCUAUUUUGCAGAUUUAUUCUGUGAAAUUAACUGCCUGAAUGCUUCCAUGCAAAGUUGGAGUCACACUCUCAUUAAACUCACAGACAAGCUGUCCUCAUGUAAGAACAAAAGGAAGUUAUGGAAAGGCAAAAUGGAGCGAGGAAAGACUGAGUCAUUCCUAUCCUUAAACUAUCUCUUGGAAGACUGUGAGGAAAAUGCAUCAGCAUUAUUGGAGGACAUUCGUGUCAAUGUCCUGGAGUACAUGAACAAUGUCAGAAAAGAAUUCAUACACUGUAUUUCUGCUGAGGAUACCAAGAAAUACUGCUGGGUUCAAAAUCCUUUCAAUGUUAAUGUGAAAGAUUUGCCAGACAACAGAGCACCUGGACUGCAAGAGUAACUGAUAGAAAUACAAUGAGAUGGAUUACUGUGCCACAGCUUCAAGCAGUACUUUCUGGGUCACACUUCAAUAAAAAUGCAAUAGUUGCUGCCAAAGCUGUGAAAGUCCUCCUGCCAUUCACAACCACCUACAUUACCUUUGUGAGGCAAAACUUUCAACAUUAACAAUGAUGAAUCUUGUAGACAGACUCAGCCUGAAUAUGAUCUGUGCUGCAGCCUGUCUGGCACAACAUUUCACUUUGAACACCUGCUGGCUAACACAAAAUUUUUUGAUAUAACAGUAUACUAUACUGUGCAGUAUAUUGCAUACAGUAUUACAUUAUUAGUUUGUUAUUUUAUUUUGCUCUAUUGUUCUCUAACCAAAAAAUAAUAAUAAUUAUAUUAUGUUUAUUGUAUUUACUGUGGGUUGUGAGCAUGCCUGACCAAUCUAGUUUUGGGUCAUGACGAAAAAAAGGAACCACUGAUCUAAUAAAUUGAAUAAAGUGAAAAUAAUCUGUAUGAUGUAGUUCAUAAUAAAAAAAUCUUUAGUGUUGUCAAGUCACCAUUAAAGAUUGAGCACUACGUACUUGGUAUGAUGGAAAACAAUC